UUGACAAAGCUGGAUAAGUAGAGAAGAUCCAUAAACAGAGCUAUUUUCGGAGAGAGAUUGUAAACGAGCAACAGCCACAAAUAUGAACUACAAGUUUCCUAUAUUUUGUAUAAUAUUCAACUUAUUUUGUAUGGAUUUGCUAGGCAGCGCCAGCUGUCUGCGGGGCACACGCCACGUGUGGCAGCUGCAGCCUCCCAAAGAGAUGGGCAGCUGCAAACGACUAUCACCUCUACGCUCGGAAUUUGAUGACAAAGGAACUGUUCCUGCUAUUGCAGCCCUCAAUAAUGGAUGGUCAACCCUUGGAAAUUUUCUCUCUCAAUAUGCAACUAUUAACCUUUCAGGAAUACAUCCAACAGAUGGGCAACUGAAGAACAAACCGGCGAAGAUACAUCGCAUGUCAAUAUAAGACUCUAACCCACAGUUUCGUUGUCUGUUAAGAGCCUCAUUUUAUAUUUUACAAGUUAAUAAAGAUUAAA